UCCGCAAGCCGGACCAGCGCCCGCCUAGGAGGGAGCCCGCCAGGGCGGGCGGCCGCAGGCCCAUGAACAGCAGGCCCCGAGGGAAGCUGGCCGUGGGGAGAGUGAAAUUCUUCGGCCGGCACCGCGGGGAGGUCAACUCUUCCGCCUUCUCUCCCGAUGGCCAGAGGCUGCUCACGGCCUCCGAGGAUGGCUGUGUAUAUGGCUGGGAGACCCAGAGCGGGAGGCUACUGUGGAGACUGCGUGGCCACAAAGGCCCCGUGAGGUUCUGCCGCUUCUCCCCUGAUGGCCGCCUCUUUGCCAGCACCUCCUGUGACCACACCGUCCGUCUGUGGGAUGCUGCAGAUGCCAAGUGUCUGCAGGUCCUGAAGGGUCACCAGCGGAGUGUGGAGACCGUCAGCUUCAGCCAUGACUCCAAGCAGCUGGCCUCGGGUGGCUGGGACAAGAGGGUGAUGCUUUGGGAGGUGCAGUCAGGCCAGGUGCUGCGUCACUUUGUGGGACACCGAGACUCUGUCCAGAGCAGUGACUUUGCACCCAGCUCAGACUGCCUGGCCACUGGCUCCUGGGAUUCUACCAUCCGCAUGUGGGACCUCCGGGCAGGGACCCCUGGGAUCUUCCACCAGGAGCUGGAGGGUCACAGAGGGAACAUCAGCUGCCUGUGCUACUCACCAUCUGGCCUACUGGCAUCUGGCUCCUGGGACAAGACCAUUCACAUCUGGAAGCCCUCAACCCGAAGCCUGCUCAUCCAGCUCAAGGGCCACAUCACCUGGGUGAAGAGCAUUGCCUUCUCCCCCGAUGGGCAGCAGCUGGCCAGCGCUGGCUACUCCCACAUGGUCAAAGUCUGGGACUGCAAUACAGGAAAGUGCACCGAGACUCUGAAGGGGGUUCUGAACGUGGCCCAUGCCUGUGCCUUUAUGCCAGAUGGGAAACUCUUAGUGUCUGGAGCUGUUGAUUAG